UGGCGCAUCGCCCCCCAGUACGCCGAGCGGCUGCUGAGCGGGGCCUUCAAGAAGCGGCGGCUGCCCCCGGUGCACAUCCACCCUGCCUUCGCCCGCCAGGCUGCGCAGAAGCCCAGCGUUGCCCCUUGGGCCGGGCCGCUGGCGGUGAACACCGAGGCCCAGCAGCUGCUGCGGGAGUUUGAGGAGGCCACCGGGGAGGCGGGCUGGGGCGCGGGCGAGGGGAGGCUCGGCCACAAGCGCAAGCAGCCCCUCCCCAAGCGGGUGGCCAAG